AUGACUACCCAUAUACACAGUAUUCAUACACUCGUACACAUACACAUCACACCAUCAUUAUUGCUUGUUGUCCUCCCCAUCCCCGCUCAACUCACCCCCCUGCCCCUCAUCCCUCUCCUCCUCUCUAACCCUCAUCUCGCCACUCUGCCUAAUCAUCUCACUAACACUAUUCGGCACAUCUGCCUCACUUCUAUAAAUCCGGUCAUACCCCAACCUCCGCCUCAACACGCUCCUCGCCUCCGCCAAUCCCGCAAUAUCAAACGUCCACAUGGCGCCCCCAAGCGCCAUAAUCCCCACACUCGCACAAUUCAGCGUCGCCAGAUUCAAAGCCUGGCACGCGUCUUGAAAGGGGGAAAAAUACUCGUGGGGAUUUGUGUUGGCAUCGAAGUACUUGGGCGUCUGGCGGAGUUGGCGACGCCAGAUGGCUUUGCGUGUUAUAGCGGUGGAGGCAAGGAGGCAGGCGCUACCAAAGAGGAAGACGGAGAGUUGGCGGAGGGAUCGGGGCGAGGUUAUGGGUGUACCUUCGUAGGUGACGGGGUCGCGCUGGGGCGGUGA